AUGUCGCGAUCACUUCCAAAGCAGUUUAAUCCACUCAUCACGGUCGAGGUUGCUCCCACUUAUGACGAACUCCUUGCGCGCCGUCGUCUUGGACAAACCAACCUCUCCGUCAAGGCGGCCCAGAUUGGCACCUCAAAUGCCACCAAGCCGGAGAACCUAGGCGUAUUCGAGUAUGCUCACCUCCGUGCUCCGCUGCCCAAGGAUCUCGAGGGCUCUGAGAUCUUCCCUUCCCACACCUCCCAGCAACACCCAGAAAGCUACUUCCUGAUGCGCCGUAGUAAAGAUGGCUUUGUUAGCGCGACUGGAAUGUUCAAAAUUGCAUUCCCAUGGGCGAAGGCCGAGGAAGAGAGAACAGAGCGUGAGUAUCUGAAGGCUCGCGAGUACACAAGCGAGGAGGAAGUUGCUGGAAAUGUGUGGAUCUCGCCCUUAUUUGCCCUUGAGCUCUCCAAGGAAUACCAAAUGUACGAUUGGGUGCGAGCACUGUUGGACCCAACGGACAUUCCUUCCAGCGCAAAGAAGCAUAUCACCCCUCCGCCGAAAUUCGAAAUUCCCUCCGAUGAGCCCCCCGUGUCGCAGCGCAACCGCAGAGGUCGGUCCGCUUCUCCGAGCAAGAGGUUGGCGUCUCCUCGGAAGUCUCGUAGCACCCGCCUCGCCAACGAUGUCACUAACACCCCGUCUACAAUCGCUGCAAACGCUAGCCUUCAGUCGGCAUUAGAUAUCUCAGCUUCAGGCCUCUCGGACACGAUUCCUGAGUUGCGAGCUGUGGAGGCUGAAAUGGAAGUGAGGUCGAGCGGAUCUCCUGGAAAGAAGAUCAGAGUGCGCAAGUCAACGAGAUCUAAUACGGCGGAGCCCGAAGAGGAGAAGAAGGAGGAGAAGAAGGAGAAGAAGAAGGCCGAGAAGAAAGAGAAGAAGAAGGAGGAAAUCAAGGAACAGGAUGAGAAAGCCGAGGUAUUACUGACCGAUGGUGCCACCGAUGCUGUCAAGUUUACCCACACUACUGUUUCCUUGGAUAUGCCCAUUAGUCUCCCAGAAGUGCCAUCUGCUGCGGAGACUGAAGAGAUGAUCGCCCAGGCUAAGGAGAUGGUGGAAGAGGCUAUCAAGGCGCAUGCCGAGGGCGCUACUGUGGAGUCGACAUCCAUCAAGGCGACUGGCAAGCGCAAGGCCGAGGACGAUGACGAUGAAGAGACAUCGGCUGAAUCUUCCCAACGAGCCAAGAAAGCCAAGGUGCUUGAGAACAAGCUCAAGCAGGAGCGUGUCCGCAACCGUUCUAUCUUUGGUGUCUCUGUGGCCUUUGCCCUUGCGGCCUCCAUCCCAUACUUCUUCUAA